AUGGCAGUAGAAACGCAGUUAUAUGAUGUUCUUACCAUUCUGACUAAUGCCUCAACAGAGGAAAUUUCGAAAGCGUAUAAAAAGUUGGCAUUGAAAUUCCACCCAGACAAGACAAACCAUGAUGAGACAUUGACAGAACGAUUUAAAGAAAUAACUAGAGCGUAUGAAAUCUUAAAAGAUUCUAGGACACGUAAGGUUUACGACAGAUAUGGUGAAGCAGGGUUGAAUGGCAAUGUUCCAGAAGAAGAGACGGUGCUGAGGAGUAGAGGACGGCCAAAUGGCCCAAUGGGAGGCUUUCCUUUUGGCGGUUCAAGUAGUGUAUUCUCUCAGAUGUUUUCUGACAUGAAUUCUAUGUUUGGCAAUGAUAACGUGUUUGAAUCAUUCAAUCUGUUUCCCUUCGAUAUGCAUUCAAACAUGUCGACUGGAGGUGGCAACAUGAGGCGACAAGUGAGACCGGCUGAUAGCUCAGGUCGAAAAACUGUCAGGGGCCGUGAUAUACAUCACAGUUGUAAAGUGACUUUAAGUGACAUGUACUACGGCAAGAAAGUUGUAUUUCAGUUACCCAAGAAUAGUAUGUGUCGCCUCUGCUCUGGAACUGGGGGUUCAAAUGCAAAGCUGUGCAGCACCUGUAAAGGUAGAGGACGUGUAAUUGUGACUAUGUUCAACAAUAUGUCAAGGUUCCAGGAAUUGACCUCCUGUGAUGACUGUGGCGGGACUGGUAUUUAUAUUUUCCCUAGGGAUGUUUGCAUGAAUUGCAAUCGAAUGGGUUACGUCAAGGAAAAUAAAAUUAUUAAAACAUUCAUAUAUCCGGGUUCAAAAGACGGAGAUAAAAUCAUAUUAAAGAAGCAAGCUGAUGAGGGUAGAGAUGUCAUCCCAGGUGAUGUUGUGAUUCACCUACAAGAAAUCCAGCAUCCAUUUUUGACAAGAAAGUAUAAUGAUCUAUAUAUGGAGCAUGAGGUAGAAUUGAAGAUUGCAUUAUUAGGGGGUAAAAUUGUAUUGAAGGAUUUUUUGAAGGAAGGGCAAGACCUCGAAAUAUUUGUGAAUGUUCACGGCAACAAACAGCUAAACGAAUCCAUUGAUAAUUCCAUUCAACAAGGUGAAGUCGUUGGUACGAUAAGCUCCGGUGAGCCAAAAAUAGUGAAAAAUCUAGGAAUGCCCAUCAAUUAUUCAGAUGGAGUCUUUUAUGAGAACCUUGAUGAAAUAUCAAACAUGGAUCACCGCACUUUUGAUUUGUCGAAUUACAAAAAGGGCAACUUAUUCAUUAAAUUUAACGUCAGGUUGCCUAAAAUUUCAGACUUCUCACAUGGUGUAACAGAUUUAUUAGCAUUACAAUCUAUUCUACCGUCGAGCAAAGCACCAAGUCCUUCAAAAAACUGUAUCAAAGGGCAUUUAUCUAACAUUUCAGGUAUGGGAGGUGGAUCCGAUAGCAUUACAUCCACGUCACCUUCUUCUUCUUCUUCUCGGUAUUAUCCGGAGGAGGGAAGUGUAUCGGGAAAUGAAUAUGGGUCUGAUUACGAAAUGGUUCCCGAUCAUGACCCAGAUGUAAACGAUUCUGACGAUAGCAUCCAAGAAGUUUCUCCAGAUGAUGUAGCUUGGAAAAAUCGAAAUACCUCUAAGAGAAAGAAAAGGAGACGCGGGGUGGACGAUAUGAAGUUCCAUCAAUCAGGCAUUGAGUGUUAA